CACUACUAAACAUAUAUUUAUAUGCUGUGUGGGCGGACGGACACUCCCUUGAACGGACAAGGAAAUUCUUUAUUUUGCUGCGAACUUGGUUACUUUCGACUAAUGAAAGGGUUUUCCCCUACCCAAUGAUCCUGUACGUCAAUGGAUAUGCUACAGCGUCGUCCCAGAAAACCAAGACAACUGCUUAGUUUGGAGGAGAAAAUGGAAGUAAUCCGAACCCACGAGCAGAAUAAACUAACGGUGCGGGAUCUGGCGAAAAGAUUUAACAUUGGUAAAACCCAAGCAGCUGAAAUUUUAAAACACAGAGAGGCGAUCAGGAGAGGACUGGCGACUGGAGAACUGAAAAUGAACCAGAUGCGACGGAAUCCCCUCAGUCAGAAGGGCACCCAUAUCGACGAGUUAUGUUUCGAGUGGUUUUCCCGUGGGAGGAGCGAGAACAUUCCCAUAUCCGGUGAAAUGGUGCGGGAGAAGGCCAAGCAGAUAGCGGACGAAGCGGGCUACGUGAAUUUCACAGCCUCGUCCGGAUGGCUUCAGAAGUGGCGGAAGCGACACAACAUCGCUUAUAAUGCCACCGGCGAGAGUCUGGAUCUACAGGAGUUCGAGGCCAUCCUGGUCAAGAGCGAACCCAUCUCGAACAGAGAUGAUGAAGAGGAGCCUUCACCAGUGGGCUUGAUAGGGCCCAUCUAUUCCAGGGAAGAGGCCAUGCUGCAGUUGGCCCGCCUAAAGGAAUUCUCAAGAGAUGACUACGUCUCCUACCAGCAGCUGCUUAGCCUGGAAAAUCAGUGGAGCUGGAAGUGGAACAACUUCAAAAAGGAGGUUCCUUGACCUACAUGAUCUUGUUGAAUACUUAAUCUUGAAUUCUAUGUAAGAAUUAGUUUAAUUUAAAUAACGUGGUUUGUGUUGAAAGACAUACAGUUUACUAGUUUUUAUUUCUGUUAAAACAAGUAAGAUACAAAGUAAACCCAUCAACUUCAUGUUAUUCUAUUAUGAACAUUUAUUGCUCGAAGAUAUAUAAAAUACAUGACCCACAGGAGGGACGAUUUGCAAUAAAAAAAAAACAAUAUUGGUGCAUUUUAAACACUAA